AUGGUGAGCUUGCGGCACGUACUACGUACCGAUUUUACUUUUUACUUAAUUAGUAUUUCGAACGAGAAAGCACGAUCACUGUACAGAAGUCGGCUGCCUAGCCGUGAAUUGGCCUCUUCCUCUACAGAUAUAGUAUAUAAGUACUGUAUCCACAUCUCCGUUCUUUAUCAGUCCUCAGCGGAUCUAGUUCUCUCACUUAUUCAGUCUAAGACUUCUCCAUCGUCAUUAUCCUCAUUCCCCUCCUUCACCGCUGAAUUCCUCUCAGUACUCAGUACAGUACCAUCACCUCAAAACAUUGAAUCGGGGGAUUUUAGUCGAGGCUAA